AUGGCUCUGCUCAUCCAGCUGUUCAUUUGCGCCACAGUGAUCUCAUUCACUGAGGGAUUCGACCAUGAGGAUAUGAAGCAGGCCAUGCUCCAAAAACUUGGACUAACUGAACUCCCCAGGAUUCAGAAGAGAGAUUUGGACAAUCUAGUUAUUCCAGCUCACAUCAAGAACAAAUAUCUGUCCAUGCUGAAACUCCAUCACAAGCGCAGGAGGAGAUCCCUGCCAAGUCUGGCGGGAAUUCUUAGGGGAAUCCAUGGGAAUGCAGAUAUAACAGGAGAAAUCAAGUACUCUGAUACAACCCGUCAGCGUCUUGUGUUUGACAUGGAGGCCAGACUGCAAGAAAACACUGAGGUCACUAUGGCCGAACUGAAACUUUUCCAAACAGCUGCACAGAAUCCAUCCAAACCUGAGCGAAGACACCACAGACCCAUUAACAACGCCAGAGUGAGCAUCUACUGGGUGGAAGUUCUGGGAAACGGCUCCAACAGAACAUCACUCCUUGACUCAAGACUGGUUCCCAUCCAUGAAUCUGGCUGGAGGAGCUUUGAUGUGACUCAGGCCAUACAUUACUGGUCUAAAUCCCAAAAGAAAACACCUUUGCAUCUGGAAGUAUGGACUGAGGGCGAGAGACCAGGCAGCUAUGCAGCUGAAAUGGCCAAAAGAGUGCGGUUUGCCACACAAGAUCCAAAAGAAAACACCCUGGAGAAAGAUAUGGGUGCACCUGAACUUGUGCUUUACACCUUAAACCUGGAUGAAUAUGGAUCUCAGGGGAACUGUAACUCCAGCCCAAACAGCAGCAAGUGUUGCCGGGAGGAGCAUUUCAUCAAUUUCCGUGAACUGACCUGGACUCAGUACUGGAUCAUUGAGCCGGCCGGGUACCAGGCUUUCAGAUGCGCAGGAGGAUGUAAGCAGCCCAAGCGUGGUUAUUAUGGAUACGGGCAGAGGACCUGUGCGGUGAUGGAAAGCGCGCCCCUGCCCAUGAUGUACCUGGUGAAAAAGGGAGAUUAUACUGAAAUCGAGGUGGCAGAGUUCCCAAAUAUGAUUGUUGAGAAGUGUGGCUGCUCCAUGGACAAAAUCCCUCCAGUCUGA